CAGGAAGUUGACCCCGGUUGCCAAGUAAACUUUUGUCUGUUUAGAUGAUCUGUAAAAUGUAUUGACAAGACUAUUCCUUGCGUCAGAUUGUCGUGAGAAAUGAGUGUGUGUCAUGACUCUGUGGUCCAGGAGGUCCGGCCUGGUACAGCACGGGUUCAAGUGACUGAGCUGAGCGGUUCAGGGAGCAUCAACCCAACUCCUGCCCGUAAACCAAAUCAAGAUCCACACAAAGCAGUGGAACCAUACCUUUCUCCAAAAAGAUUGGAACUGUUGUGCGGUACUCAUGACCUCUCUCUUGUGAACCAUCUGGAGAUCUGCGUAGACACCCAAGAAAAUACACUGGGUGACUUUGUUUUUCUUGCAGGUGCUUACUUGCCCAGAUUACAGCAGCUUAAAAUGAACAACAGCUUCAUCAUGUCAUUAAGAGACCUGGGAACCACCCUGUCUCACCUGCAGGUGCUGUGGAUGUCUCACUGCUGCCUUCAAGACUUAAGCGGCAUUUCUACUUUUGAUUCUCUUAAGGAGCUCUACCUACCCUAUAACAAUGUGUCCAACCUAAGUCAGGUUGCCAUGCUGGAGAACCUGCAGCUUUUAGAUUUGGAAGGGAACUGUGUGGACGACCUUAUCCAGAUUCAGUAUCUGGGUUUGUGUCCCAAUCUCCAAACUCUCACCCUGGAGGGGAACCCUGUGAGCAAACGCCCUAACCCUGCUUCCCCUCAGGCUGAAGAGUAUAAUUACAGAGCAGCAGUGAGGGAGUUGGUCCCUCAGUUGCGUUACCUAGAUGAUGUGAAGGUGGAGGAGGACAAGUUGACUUGCUGUAGCACCACGCAGGAAGAUUGGGACAUUCUCAGAAUGUCUUUUCAAGAGUCCAACUCCUUCGAGACUGCUGGUAAUAAACAAUCCAAACAGCAGCCACCCUGGCCUAACAGUGCCACCAAGAGGCUCUCAUUGUAUCACCUUGCAAGAUAUCUUUGUAAUUUCCUGCUGUCUCUCUCUCAUCUGCUGGUCGGUGGAGGAGCUGGCAAGAUCCUGUUUUGUGGGAAUCCUGUGCAGGCCGUUCGAGCAAGGAGAGAAAAGUUGAACACGGCACCAACCAGAUCCUCUUUGAUCCCUCGCGACCUUCCCAUCUAUGUGCCAGAACACACGUAUGACCUAAAGGAGCCUGAUCCUGAAGAGCGUGUCAAUGUGUUUGCAGAGCUGCGGGCCUGGAGGGAACAACACAGCAAACAACUAGCAAUUAUAGAGAAAGAGCGAUCACCACGGGUCCUGGUUAUUCACCAUUCUGAUGAAGAGGAGCCCAAAAGUGAGGAGGAGGAAGAAGAAGGCUUUGGUGGUAUGAAGAGCGACAGUAGUGACGAAGAUCAAGAAGAAGACAAACUCUGUGACUGCUUAGCUACUGGCUCACCAGACUCAUCAUUUCAGUCUCUUUCCCCAGACCUGAAUCAACAAGAAACAUCUUUCCCCAACAUGGUCCCACUAUCCCUGUCUACAGUCACCACACCUUGUCCUUCUCCUCCUGUUCAUGUCACUGCGGCUCCUAUGAACACGAAGCUGCCAGGCAUUCGUGCCCGAAAGCUUCGUCUCUCUCUGUCCCAUCCAGAGCAGCUCAGCAGAAAAGACUUGGCCCCUCAAACAACGUCAGCUGCAACAGAAACAGAACCGACGUCCGAGAGACAUUUGGCAAGGGCCACUUACUCACCCCAUCCACCUCCGAAAAGUUAUCCAUGUGAAGAGCCGGUGAUUUCAAGUGCGGUUAUGGACAGGCCCGGUCUGCCUUUGACCUCCAAGCACAAGAUGUCAAAAGUCCUCCAGAGACCAGUGAUAUCCCGCCCUCACACUGCUAGAGCAGUUCUGCAGAAACAUCCCCAGCACCAUCUAUUCCAACCGUCCAGAGGGAGCUCAGACCUGGACUGACACCAGGCUGGCCUGUCUUCUAAGCAAUAGGCCUUGUCAUUUUUGCUCAGUUUGUACAUUCUUUAUUCAGCUCUGGUUAAUUUCUAGUUGCUCACAGUGCAGAUGGGAGCAAAGCAGAAAACAAAACCACAGAAUGGAGGUGUUGAGGAAACAGGCCGAAAAAUAUGACACAAUCUUGCGUCUAAGUGUAAACCAGUGUCGGAGAAUCACUUAUACAGAUGGCCAAUGUUUUACAGUUGCUUCCUUAUUGUGUUUGGUAUCUGCAUAAAACCACAUUCAGGGCCGUUAUGGACAUUUAAUUGUAGUUUAACACUAAAUACAGGCAUAAAUCUCAUCAAUAGACCUUCAUACUUAUCCAGCAGUUCUCUCUUUUUUUUUCACUCUUCCUUUGGGGAGUAUUGUGGGAAUUCAGAAAUAAGUUUGAAGAUGGUGUUAACCCUGGUUUUUGGGUCAUAGCCAGAGGAACUGGGGAAAGAGAACCUAAAGAGACACACACACAGACCCCCCCCCAAAAAAGGUAACCCUCAUGUGAAAUAUCCCAGAAUGGGACGUAUCCCUCUAUUUGAUCCAUCAGUCUGUAAUUAUAAUCUUUUACAUCAUGUUUUGAGAAAGCAGGGAAUCUUUAUAUUUUCAGAUGUGUACCCUUGAUUUGUUCGAAAUAAUUUAUUUAUCAAACAGUUUUGAGUGCUUGCUGGAUACCCAUGUUGAGGGAAGGUAUUGUUAUUGGAAAAUAAGCACAAAUAAAAGUUUGUUAUAAACUUCAACUUUAUGAACUGUUUUUUUUUUCUUUUUUCUCAAAACAGUCAGAUUUUACUCAGUUAAAGUAGUAAAUUAAUCUAUCCAGUCACAUAUGAAAGUGUAACUAUAAAACAAAACUUGAUGAAAAUAAAUUUUCCCAAAUGCCAUCU